AGGCGGGUGGGGAUCCUUUCGACAGGGCUCCCAGCAAUAGAGCAGUCCCACUCUCCCAGAUGAGCUGGAGAAGUAGCUACCUCUCCCAGACAGAGUUGGGGUCAAAUUCAUGCACAUCCAAUUCCCAUCAAAGCCCACUCUUCCCAGGGCUUGCUGGGAGGGAAGGAUAACUGCAGGCUCCCCUGGGAUGCCCCCACGUGAGGGAAGUUCACAGAGUUUGAGACAGAGGUGAAUGGACAGGUGUGCUUCUUAGGGAAGCAGUCGAGAGGUGGCAAGAAGUUGGCAGCUGCCCUCAAGAGGGUCGGGGCACCAUGGACAAUGACAAGCCUCUUCAGCCUGAGACAGAAGAUGAGAUUGAAAUUCAGCCAGUACGACAGAGCAGCGAUAAAAUGCUCUACUGUGAGGCCGAACCCCCGCCGACUGUUGAAAAAGUGAAACCAGCCCGGGAGAAUUCGGAAACAGACCUGGAGAUUGAAGAUGAUGAGAAAUUUUUCACCACUGGACAAAAGGAGCUGUACCUGGAGGCCUGCAAGCUGGUGGGUGUAGUGCCUGUCUCCUACUUCAUUCGGAACAUGAAGGAGUCCUACGUGAACCUCAACCACCACGGCCUGGGCCCCAGGGGUACCAAGGCUAUUGCUAUAGCCCUGGUGUCCAACAUGGCUGUUACCAAACUGGAGCUGGAAGACAAUUGCAUCAUGGAGGAGGGCGUCUUGAGCCUGGUGGAGAUGCUACAAGAGAACUACUGCCUCCAGGAGAUGAAUAUUUCCAACAAUCACCUUGGUUUGGAGGGGGCCAGAAUCAUCUCAGAUUUCUUUGAGAGAAAUAGUUCUUCUAUCUGGAGCCUUGAGCUUUCAGGAAAUGACUUCAAGGAAGACUCCGCAGCACUGCUCUGCCAAGCCCUGUCGACCAAUUACCGAAUUAAAAAGCUGGAUCUCAGUCACAACCAAUUCUCUGAUGUAGGAGGGAAGCACCUGGGCCAGAUGCUGGCCAUCAACGUGGGGCUCACGUCACUGGAUCUGAGCUGGAAUAACUUCCACACAAGGGGAGCUGUGGCCUUGUGCAAUGGUCUCCGGGGUAAUGUGACCCUGACAAAGCUGGAUCUCUCCAUGAAUGGCUUUGGGAAUGAGGUGGCUCUGGCCCUAGGGGAAGUCCUCCGACUCAACAGCUGCCUGGUCUACCUGGAUAUCGGCGGCAAUGACAUCGGCAAUGAAGGGGCCUCCAAAAUCAGCAAAGGACUGGAAUCCAAUGAAAGCCUCAGAGUUCUGAAGCUUUUUCUGAAUCCCAUAAAUAUGGAUGGGGCUAUUUUACUUAUCCUGGCUAUCAAGAGGAACCCCAAAUCCAGGAUGGAAGAACUUGAUAUUUCCAACGUGCUGGUGUCGGAGCAGUUCAUGAAAACGUUGGACGGAGUGUAUGCCGUUCACCCGCAGCUGGAUGUGGUAUUCAAGGCAGUACAAGGCCUCUCUGCCAAGAAAACCAUCUUCUUGUUGACAAACCCCAUGAAACUGAUCCAGAGCUAUGCAGACCAGCACAAAAUCACGAUCGUGGACUUCUUCAAGAGCUUGAACCCUACUGGGACAAUGAAGAUGUCUGUGGAUGAGUUCCAGAAAGUGAUGAUAGAGCAAAACAAGGUCCCCCUGAACCAGUACCAGGUCAGGGAGGUGAUAAAGAAGCUCGACGAGAAGACAGGCAUGGUGAACUUCAGUUUCUUGAACACGAUGAAGCCAUAGCAACAAGUCUGGUCUAGAAAGAAGUCUCGGCGAGAGGAGUCCUCACAAGUCGGAUGGUGGCAGGGAGGAGAGCAAGAGGUGGCUGAAAUCUCGAUGGACAGAUGCUGUGGCAGGGGCUGGGCACAAGCAAAUAAAGUCUGGCUUGAUUCUGGGCAUCUUGGGCUGCUGGUGGUGUGCCCGUCACCAGGGGGCCACCUUCUGCUUUUAGUGACCACCAGGGGACAUGUCAAUGCAGCCUCAUUAAGAGCUGCACAGACAAAUUGGGAACGUGAUGGGGUUGCUAGGCAGCAGGGAAAGAGCCUCAGAGAGCAGGUCAGAGCACGAGGGCAGUUGUCAUAGUGAUUAGAACCUGAGUCCAGGGGAGACUUCCUUGGUGGGAGGCAGUGACAGGGGGAACAGAUGCUGAGGGAAUGAGGGCAGGGGCCUUUAAGAAGCAAAGAAAUGCUGUGGGGUCACAAGGAGGGAGCCAGGACAGGAGACCAAGACAGUGGGCAUCUCAUCCUGGCCACAUGACCUUGGAGCCCUAGUGGCUCCCCUUGAAAAUGGAGCAGCUGAAAUAAAGCCUUCCCAGUCCGGUCUAGGAGUCUAUCAUUCUGCGUUUCACCUUUAAAUUCCUUGAGAAACUGGGGAGACAGGAACAGCUUAGCGAAGGAAUAAAAGGAAUAGCCAAGAACAGCAUUCACUGAUUAAGUGGGUGGAACAGGCACCUUCGGGAGUUUUGAUUGAUCUUACCAGACACCAUUGUAGAUUAGCAAGGCAGGAACUUUCUUGUGCCCCUCUGCAGCCCCAUGUAGUGCUCGGCACAUAGUAGAUGCUCAAUAAACACCUGUGAAAUGAA